AUGACCACCUUUGGUCACCCCGUCGUCGCCGUCUCGCACGGCCCCGAUCCGCUGUGGCUGCUCUCGUCGGGGCGAGACCCCCCCCCCAAGCGAAUCCUCUUCAUCUCCGCGCACUGGGAGUCCGACAUGAUCUACGACUACUACGGCUUCCCGCGCGAGGCCUACGACGUCGUGUACCCGGCCAAGGGCGACCCCGCGUUCGCCCGGAAGGUGAAGGAGCAGCUCGAGAAGAGCAACAUCCAGGCCAAGCUCGUGGACCGCGGCUUCGACCACGGCGUCUUCGUGCUGAUGCUGCUGAUCCGGCCCGAGGCGGACAUCCCCAUCCUCACCAUGUCCAUCAACUCGCGGCUGGGCAACCAGGCGCAGUUCGACCUCGGCAAGGCCAUCGCCCCAUUCCGUGACGAGGGUACGCUCAUCUUCUGCUCCGGCCAGGCCACGCACAACAUGCGCGCGAGCCGCGAGCCCACCAACCCGCUCAUGCCGUGGGCCGCGGCGUUCCAGGGCUUGCUCGACAACACGCUCACGUCCGACUCCUCACUGAGGUGCAGCAAACGCGGAGAGCAGAUCGUUGACUGGCCGAGCGCCCCUGCUGCGAGACUCGCGCACCCCACACCAGACCACUUCGUCCCGUUCGUCGCCGCCGCUGGAGCAGGCAUGGAGGAGAACAAACCCGAGGCCGAGAAGCUGUUCGGCGGGUGGGGGAUGGGCCACAUGUCGUUCGCAAGCUACGCCUGGUACGUCCAGCACUAG